AUGGAUUCACAAGAAAAUGCAAACAUCCCAACAAUUGAGCAGCCAGCACAAUCGGACGAUAAAUUAAAAGCGACAGUAGAAGCACCAAAAGCGAUAGAACCAAAGCAGGUGGCUGUGAAGCCUAAACCAACUUAUAAAUGUCUCGUUUGUGGCAAAUCAUACAGCAAGAAGACAUCUCUUUUUACUCAUCACAAAACCCAUCCUGAACAUUGCGUACACUGUGGAGAGAAUCGUGGCUCAUCUGUUGAGAAUAUCUAUGAACAUAAUUUAAAGCACAUCGAUUUAAGACCAUUUGUAUGUAAAGUAUGCGGUGAUUCGUUUUUGAGGAACCAGCAAUUUAAUGAACACGAGAAAUCACAUUUAGAGAAAAAACCGGAAGAUAAGGAUACGCCGGUAGUUACUAAGGAGAAAGAUAAUAAAUAUAAGUGUAAAACGUGCCAGUCAUCCUUCACAAACUGGAAAUUAUUCUAUAAGCAUCAACAGGAUUCUGGACAUGUGAACGAAAAGUUUCUUUGUGAAAUUUGUGGGUCCGAAUUCUUGUCUAAUUUACUUCUAUCACAACAUAUUCGUCGUCUGCACAGAAGAACUGACGAGACGUUUCCCUGUACAUCCUGCACUAAAGUGUUCGCCUCAAAGCCUAAUCUAGACUCGCAUAUCAAAAAGAUGCAUCAAAAUGAUAAUACAAAGACGCAUCGGUGUGAGACCUGCAAUAAUGUAUUUUCGAGUGCGCCAAACCUUAAGCAACACAUAAAAACGGUUCAUGAAGUUGAGAGAGAAUUUGAGUGCCAGACAUGUAAGAAGCCAUUCAAAGCAAAAAAUCGACUCACGCGUCACGAGAAGGAAGUUCAUAUGGGCAAAAACGGCAAUCCAGAUGAAGUCCGAAUGUUUAAUUGCGAUCAUUGUCAGAAAAAGUAUAAGCGCUCAUGGCAUCAAGCACGACAUAAUCAAAUGAAACAUGAAAAUUCAAAUACCAGUACAGCUACGACAUCAUCGUCAGCGGAAACACCGCCUACACCCGAAAUUAAUGGCAAUCUAAACCUUCCAAGUGCUAAUACUAUAAAUAAUAAUAAUAAUUCACCUAUUAAUAACAAUAAUACUAUCGCAAGUAAUAAUAAUUUUAAUUAUCAACAAGCCAUUCAGCAGCAAACAGCCACUCAUCAAUCUCAACAUACGAUUUCACAAGAAAUAAGCAAUAUACAGCCAUCACAUCCAGCACAGAAUAUCAUUCCGCAACAGCAACAACAAAGCGUAUGGAAUAAUCAGAAUCAAGCACAGGCACAGCCACAUCAUCAAAUGUCACCUCAACAACAACAUACAGGACAUAAUAGUCCGCAAGCGCAUCACCAAACACAUUUAAGCUACGGAAGUGAAAUGAUGGAUACAACAAAAAGUUAUGCAGCAACGCCGCCUAUGAGUAGUACUCCUGUCAAUAAUGGUCAAUAUGUUCAUUAUGCUGUGAAUGAACAAUAUGCGAAUAAGUACGAAAUUCAGACUCCACCAGCUCAACAAGUGUCAUAUGAUUCAUGGAAUCAGCAACAAGCAUGGGACUACAAUCAGUAUCACCAUAUGCAGCCAGCGACAGAUUGGUCGAACUACUAUGAUCCAAAUCAGCAGCAUGCAAUGUACAAUAAUACAUAUAAUAAUUAUAAAACUGAUUACAAUUGCCUUAAUCAACAACAACAACAACCACCACCACCUACAACUCAUCUUCAAGCUGCUCAUCAGAGUCCAGCAGAUCCAUCAAUGUAUAAUGGUAGUAAUUAUUAUUAUUAUCCACAAGUACCGGAUCCUUAUAUAAAUCACCAGCAACAACAAUUGUCAUCACCCCAACCGGACUAUUCACCAAACAAUCUGAAUCAUCAGCCGCAUUCGAAUUAUCCCAUGUAA